UCUUGUACUUGGUAGUGGCAGCGUUUGUUGGGAGAGAGCUCUGUUUCAACGUGUAUGAUUUGACGGUAUUGUUAGCUAGCCUACAUUAGCUUGAGUUAGCUUGUUAUCAUCAUCCGGUUGCUAGCCACACCGCUGACAGCCUGUAGCAAGGCCUAUGGAAGGAGGCUGGGACACGCGUCAUAUCUAUGGGGGUAUAACGCAUGCGCAGUGUAACUCAAGCUGCGGUCGUGCGUUUUGAUUGGUUCAAGUUCGACGAGUGCAGGCCAGAUUCUACUGCGCAUGUGCAAUACCCCCGGAGAUAUGACGCGUUGAUGACGCGUGUAUCAGCCUCCUUCUAUAGGCCUUGCCCUGUACCUGGAAGUAACGUUAGCUAGUUAGUAGUCACUUCUUCUUUAGCUGUGAAAACCUCUUGUGUUGCUAACCUUUAGUCGUAAUGAUACAGUUACUCUAACGUUAAUGAACCUGUGACAAAGUCUCCGCUUUUGACAUUGUCGUUAAAGCAUCGCAAACGUUAACCUUAGUUGGUUCGCUGCGUUUAAACCCUGAAGGCAUCGUCAGCAGUGAGUAACGCUGCUGUCCUGUAGCUGGCUGUGUCAGUGAACGUCGCACUGCUCAGCGGUAACGCAUGUCUUCAUCCUGCUCUCUGUCACACGCAGCUCUCACUGCUUCAAACAUGGAUCAGGACAACAACUCAGAGGAUGAGUCAGUCGGUGCAUCGGAGGACCCUUCGGAAGAGGAACUGCCUUGUCUACCUCCAGACCUCUCGGACGGUGAAGCAAUGGAUAUGCUUUGGAAGUGGCGUACCCAGCGCCGCCAGUCGUCCCCUGAGCUCCCAGAGACAGUGACGCGUCUUACUGCCCCUGAUGGCAGCCUCCUCUACCUGGUGGGCACAGCCCACUUCAGUGACAGCAGCAAAAAGGACGUGUCCACGACGAUCCGCGCUGUGCAGCCAGACGUGGUGGUGGUGGAGCUGUGCCAGUACAGGGUGUCUAUGCUGAAGAUGGACGAGAAUACACUGCUGAGGGAAGCCAAAGACAUCAACCUGGAUAAGGUUCAGCAGGCCAUUAAACAGAACGGGUUGAUGUCUGGCCUCAUGCAGAUUCUCCUGCUCAAAGUUUCAGCACACAUCACAGAGCAGCUGGGCAUGGCUCCUGGAGGAGAGUUUAGGGAGGCCUUCAAAGAGGCUGGACUAGUGCCGUUCUGUAAAUUUCACCUUGGGGACAGGCCCAUCCCUGUGACGUUCAAGAGGGCCAUUGCAGCGCUCAGUCUGUGGCAGAAGGCCCGUCUGGCGUGGGGUCUUUGCUUUCUGUCAGACCCGAUCAGUAAAGAGGACGUAGAGAAGUGCAAACAGAAGGAUCUGCUGGAGCAGACCAUGUCAGAGAUGAUCGGCGAGUUUCCUGCUCUCCACCAGACCAUCGUGGCUGAAAGAGACAUUUACCUCACGCACACGCUCCGCCAGGCUACACGCUGCGUGGAGUCCCCCCAUAAUGCCCAGAAAGUGCCUGCUGUGGUGGUGGGAGUUGUAGGGAUGGGUCAUGUCCCCGGCAUAGAAAGAAACUGGGAGAAGCAGCUCAACAUAAGUGAAAUCAUGAGUGUUGCACCUCCCUCACGUUUCGGCUGGGUCGUGCGCACGGUCAUAAAGGGCGUCAUGAUGGGAGUGCUGGGAUACGCCUGCUACCGUGCUGGAGGGACAUUAGGUAGAGCCUUGCUGUCUUUACCUACAGUCCAAACUUUACUGGAGACCCUGCAGCCACCCCCUGCUCUGAGCCCACCCCCUGCUCUGAGCCAACAGUGACCAACAUGACCUUUGACCUAAUAAAACUGCAUUUUUUUUCACCAAUGGCCUUAAAACCAGGAGGUGAGACUGGAGGAACGGUUUCACCAGCCCUCACUAUGAACUAACAAGGAUCUCAGGGGGUGAAGAGCCUCCCACCUUGUAUCGAUGUCCCUGUAGAUGCAGCAGGGCCGUACUGCCAAAGAAACCAUGACAGUACUCAUCGUUUUCUUUCAUAUUCUGUGCAAAUUUUUGCAUUUUGUAAGGUUUACAAAUGCCAAUAAUUCCUUUUUGAAUAGAUUUACAUUUCCCCCACCAUUCCGUUAAAUGACAGUAUUUUUAUUUGACCAGUAUCCUUGGAGUCAUCUUCAGUCACGUGCCCUGGUACGACUGAGACAUUUUCAGAGAGGCACACUUUUCUAACGCUGUCUCCUUAUUCCCUCCUCCUCUCCGGUGCCUGCCAGCAUUGUUGGUUAUUGGCCCAUUUCAAGCCCAGCACUUUAUAGUCUUGUACUGUACAUGCAACCUAUGGAAGGGAAAAGAAAGUACAAUAGUCACGAUACACAAAAAUAUAAUCUACGAAGUGACCCCCGUGGUGUGAGGUAAAUGUCUGAAUUGGAAGGCUGACCAUCAUUUUCUUAAUUCUUGAAAACUACUAUUUGAAAUGCAUAAUCUUCAAAACUCAAAUAAGACAAAAUGAUUUCCCAUGUGCACGAUCCUGCCCACAUCAACAGACAAGUGCCUCAUAUUGCAGCAGUAAGGGCUAAUGGUGAAGUAACUGGAAUGGCAAAAAUGUGUUAUAUGCAUCUUACACAUACUACAACCAAAUGGUCAAUGCAAUUUUGUAGUAUUCUGUCUUUAUAUAAUUACAUGAUAGGCCUAUUUUAUAAACACGGUUGCCCUAAAUAUAGAUCAUCUGGUUUGUGUUGUCUUGUUACCGUAGCCCCUUCAUUUUAUGGUCACUCAUACAUUCACCAGAGACCUGACGCAGGACAGGCUUAAAUGUGCCUCAGGAUGCAUUUAUCUUGUAAUUUGUAUAUUUGAUUGUACCUCCAAUAUGAGGCGCACUAACAUAUUGGCUUUAAAUGGCUCCAUCUGUGAGUUAAGGGUUCAUACUUGACACAAAAAUAUGCAUUCUUGUAUAGAAAAACAUCCACAUCUAGAGAACAUUCAGCACACCAGCUGUUUGUACUUUUAUGAUAUAUGCAUUAUCACUUGCCAGUCUGAUUGCAGAAUGAACUGAAAUUGGUUUGUUUCCCUCGAAUUAAGUAUUGAACUUGACUGUAAUGAUUUCUCAGUGGCAUUCCCAUCGAUGGAAAUGUAUUAUGGACUUGUUUUGACUGCUAUGAAGGAAACUGAUGGUUUAGAUUGGUCAGAGUUGGGAGGUAAAGCCUUACAUUGCUAUCACUGCUGCCUUUGAGCCUCAGAUUGCCUCCUCUGCUGAGGCUUUAUAUUACCAACACUGACCUGUAUCCAUAGUACACAGCUUUUUAUUGCACAUGUAAAAACAAUGGUUAGAUGACAUCCCUGGAGCUUUGUUAUGGGGGAGAUGUCCCAAUAAAUCCAACAGUCUGAACAUCUAGUCUAACAUCAAGUUCCAAGUAUUACCAAUCUUAAUUUUAAGUGAUUAUAUGUACAGUACUGGGAUCAUUUAGAUGUAUUUAUAAGAGAUAUGAAAGGAGUUCAUUUGCUGUCUGGUCCAAUGGACUAAUCUGGUACUUGAGUAAAUGAAGCAGUGCCACAAACAUAAAUAAGUCAUACACACAUUAAACUAACUCAGAUAACCUGUCUUCCAAUCGAUGAAACUGUUAUCUUGCUUAAGUAAGAGAUGACGAUAUUGGGAACAGAUGUAGUAAUGCUUCUCAGUACCUCAGUAGUAUAGUACAGUCAACCGUAAACAUGUCUGUCUCCCUCCCACAUCAUUUCCAAAAGGUUUAAUCUAUUGUAUGUUUGAGAAUUUGCCAAGAGAAAUCUGUAUGAAUGCCUGUAAGAUCUGUUUCCCCUGUGGUGCCCUCGUGUGGUAUUGUCAUUGUUAACAAACCAAACAUGAAAUCCUAACUUCUGUAAUGAAUUAUUAAAAGAUUUUAAGGAAAGAUAAA